ACACAGUAUUCUCAAUGAUUAGAGAAACAUUAACAAACAGAGGAAUCCAGUGCUUCUUAAUUAGCUAUUAUUAAGCGUUUGCAACAACCUGUCCUCGUGGCCAGACAGUUUUAUGGAUCGUUGAACCUCGAGCGUAAAAUGUGUGAUUUGUUUCCGUUUUCCUUCAUUAGCUAGGUAGUUUACCUGAGGAGCGUAAUUGGACUUUUCCAGUGUUCUAAUGUACAUCGAUUGUAGACGGGGGGACGAAGGGAAACGUAAAAACAACUGUGCGAGUAGGGACAAAGAAAGGAGGUUAGGAAAGAACCUGAGGGAAGAUCGAACAAGAAGUAGUGGGAUCUCGCGUUGGGAUGUGGUUGCAGUAGAGUUCCCAUCUACGCAGCUCUGUUUUGGUCAGGGUAAGGAGACGUUCAUGGAUUUUUUGUGGUGGACUCGCUAGGAUGGACGUGGUUGAUGAAACUGAAGCCCUACAAAGAUUUUUUGAAGGCCAUGAUAUCAACAGCUCCUUGGAGCCAGCCAACAUUGACACCAGUAUCCUGGAGGAGUAUAUCAGCAAAGAGGACGACAGCACUGACAUUUGUUUCUCAGAGGUCCACAGCACCCCCGGGCCCAGUUACUCUUUACCACAGACUGGGGUGUCCUCUUCUGGAGGGGUGGUGUGUGGAGUGAGCUCUCCCAUCCACCUUCGCCAGGAAACUGCACCCCUAUCCUCCCACACCCCCUUCCCUCCACCAUCCCACCUGGGUCUUAUCCGCCAGAACUACUCCUGCCUGGGGCAACAGCAGCACAUUAAGACUGAUCACAGGGGGCACUACAUUCCUGGAACACUCCCUGAAUCACCCCCAGACUCCAGCUCGGAACCAUACUCCCCCCAGCAAGUUAAUGACAGUCACCUUCUCAGGACCAUGACACCUGAGAACAUGUGUCACAUGACUCCUCCUCCACCCCCUCCUCCACAUCCCCACUAUCCCAGCAUGCAUCGGGAUGUUUACAUGAAGCCAGAACCCAUGGUAUCACAGUAUCCCAUUGGCCCAGCCGUGGGUGGGGGAGGGGAUAUGCAGCAGACCCAAAUGCUGCAACAACUGCUGCAGCAUCCACAAGGACAGGAUGGUAUUGCAGUUCACCAGGCCAAAAAGAGGAAGCAUUCAGACUCACCCCCUGGCACACUCAACGCCCAAAUGCUCACUGGUAUUAUUAAACAAGAGCCAGGUUUGAUGCAGGAUGCUGAGAGCUCCUACCUGGAUCCUAAUUACCAGUGCAUUAAGUGGCAGCCCCACCAGCAGAACAAAUGGACUCCACUGUACGAUGCCAACGGCAAAGAGCUUCCUAUGCCCACCUAUCGUGUGGAUGCAGACAAGGGCUUUAACUUCUCUGUGCCAGAUGAUGCCUUUGUAUGCCAGAAGAAGAACCACUUCCAGGUGACGGUGUACAUUGGCAUGCUAGGAGAUCCCAAGUAUGUCAAGACCUGUGAGGGCCUGCAACCAAUUGACUGCUUCUAUCUCAAACUCAAUGGGGUCAAGCUGGAAGCGAUGAACCAGUCUAUCAAUGUAGAGCAGUCCCAGUCUGACCGCAGCAAGAGGCCCUUCAAGCCUGUGCUAGUGACUCUGCCCCCAGAGCAGGUCACCAAGGUGACAGUGGGGCGGCUGCACUUCAGUGAGACUACAGCCAAUAACAUGAGGAAGAAGGGCAAGCCCAACCCUGAUCAGAGGUACUUCAUGCUGGUGGUGGCACUGCAAGCACAGUCCCACAGUCAGAGCUACACUGUGGCUGCUCAGGUGUCCGAGCGGAUCAUCGUCAGGGCAUCAAACCCGGGACAGUUUGAGAGUGACAGUGAGGUUCUGUGGCAGCGAGGCCAACUGCCAGACUCAGUGUACCACCAUGGCCGAGUUGGCGUCAACACUGAUCGGCCUGAUGAGGCACUGGUCAUCCAUGGCAACCUUAAGGUCAUGGGCUCCUUAGUGCACCCCUCGGACAUCCGUGCAAAGGAGAACGUCCAGGAGGUUGACACCACAGACAAUUUGAAGAGAAUCUCACAGAUGCGACUGGUGCAUUACCAGUACAAGCCUGAGUUUGCAGCAACUGUGGGCAUUGAAAACACUGCAGAGACAGGAGUUAUUGCCCAGGAGGUGCAGCAGAUCUUGCCAGAGGCAGUGAAAGAGGGCGGGGAUGUGGUCUGUGCCAAUGGAGAGACCAUUCCCAACCUGUUGGUGGUCAAUAAGGACCGCAUCUUCAUGGAGAAUGUGGGGGCAGUGAAGGAGCUGUGCAAGCUCACAGACAACCUGGAGAUGCGGAUUGAUGAGCUGGAGCGCUGGAGUCGCAAGCUGGCCAAACUACGCAGACUAGACAGUAUGAAGAGUACUGUGAGCGGAGGCACUGUCAGCCAAUCUGGAAGCCAGUUUAGCCGUUCAGGAAGUGGUCCAUUGAAGAAAAGAGCACCCAAACUGGGGAAGAAGAGUCCCUCUUCACAGGAUGGAUGCUUCAGCCCUAGGAUUCUGCAGGGAGCAAUCCUCGCCCUGAUUAUCGUUAUGACCUUCAGCCUGAUCUCCAUGUCCAUCCUAUAUGUGUUGACCCUACACCACCAUGGGGAGAUCACAGAUACUGUUGGUACUGCAUCCUUCUGCACGCUCUCCAUUUCCUGCACAUGCGGCCUUACUGCCACUGUCACCUUCUGCCCAUCUUUCUUUCCAUGCGCCAGUGCAGAGUUGGGCUCAUCUCGCAAGUCAACCUAUUCUUCCCACAGAGACACCACUUUGCCACCGCAAGCUUCCACUCUGCCCUCUCCCUUACCAUCCAAUCAGGCUGCUUGCUGCCCCUCCCCAACUGUUGUGAACAAUGAAUCAGUCAAUAGCUUGUUGUCAAGCACCAACCAGUCCAUAUCAGGCUCUCCUUUAGAAGCCAGCUCCUCUGCCCCUACCCCAGGCAGUACCAAUAAGAAGGCAAAGUCCCGUCCUAUGGACAAAGACCCUCGCUUCAGGAAUCGCCUGAGCCACACCUCCCCCCCCUCCUUCCUGGCUAAAGCUAAACGCCCCCCACCUGCAGAGGCAAGAGGUGUGGGAGCAGGCAACCACUUACCAGCAGGACAGCAGCAACUGCCCCGCAGACAACGCAGUGUGCACAGAGUUGGUGAAAGCCAAACACCUUCACUGAUAGCAGUGCAGAUCCUGGAGAUGGACCAGCCAAUCACAGCACAACACUGUCCAUGGCCUAACAGCUGCAGGAUGGGGGUCCACAGCUAUACUGUGUCUCUCCAUGGAAACAACUCCACUCUCAGCCACAUAACUCUACACAUGAGCUCCAACAUCAGUGUUUUGGUGUUCCAGUGUGCUGUCAACAUGGGGCACCCAUGCCCCAACAGACAGAGGAGUGAGACAGAGGAAAGCAGUACUAAAAUUACUUCCACAAAGGGGAUGGACCAUCUGUGGUCAGUGCCAGUGCUGCUAUUCCAGGACAUUUCCUAUCACUUCAGAGUGGCCCUGUCUAAGGAUGUGAGCUGUGCCAAUGACAGCGAGGGAGGAGGAAACACUGGUCUGUACUCCGAUUACCACUUCCUGUUCCAAAGCAGCUGUGCAUGAGCAACCUGUGCUCUGCAUCAGUGUAUUGUGGGAGCAUGGUGUGUGCAUUUCAUUUCUUCUCCAUAUGCCUUAGAGAGCACUUCCUAUUUCAUGUCUGUCCUGUCUUUCUGACACCUUCCCAUCCGGAUCUGAGUAGGAGAUUCAUAUCUCCUUGUUACAUUUUAAACUGAUUUAAUUUGAAGAAUAUAAUAGUGAAAAAAAGAAAAACAAACACCCCCAGAUUCAGAUUACAUUUAAAUGGCUUGUUAUUAUUUGCCAUAGGGGGGCGCAGCACCCACUCUGUUGGUUUAGCUUUUGAUCCUCUAUGCUACCUUCCCUUUGCCAAAGCAUUUGGAGUAUCAGUGAUUCACACAGGCUGGACUAGCUGCUGUUAUUCUGAUGAUGUUGAUAGCAACAAGAAUCUUGUUAUUGGAAAGUGAAAAUCAGACAUUGGCUUUGUAACACAUGAAUGGAUCAUGAUGCAUCUGAUGUGUCUUAUCAUUGUAAACUCUUUAAUGAUUUCAGUCACUCAAAUCCGAUGUCCAACAUGCAAAAAAGUAUGGUCACUGACAUUCUUUGCAAACACAAACGUGAAAUGCACAGCACACUGGACUAAUCUCUUCACACUAGUGUGACUGUAAAACUCAUUGAAAAACAUUUUUGUUCUCAAACAUGAGUAUACUGUAACUGACACAUCCAGUGACUGUUGAUGGACUACUUCAGGGACUCACAUACUACAGAGUAAAUUACCACAGAAUGGUCAUAAACAGCAAAACAGUAACAAACAGUAAUACUACACACAGGGUGGCAGACUGUACAUACUGUAGGUAGCUUACUGAUACACAGUGUGCAGUACUAUGGGUCAAGAUGAGUCCACAUUAAGUAGACAGAGUGGUCAUUAAAAUGAACCCCAGGGUGCUGUUUAGGGAAAGAUGUGUUUUUUUCCAGCUAAACAGUCAAAAAAUGUCCUGGAGUUCACUGUGCCACUGGAAAAAUAUGACCCAACCCACUGUAUGAAGGUGUUCCAUUUAAUGGCUAUAUACACUGUCAUUGAACAAUGUGAGAACCUGAUCUUACUCCUGUGAAACUGGAAAAUCUGCUUAUCCUAAACACUGGAGCCUGAGUCUAACACUGAUUUAACUCCUCAUCACUGGAAAAGUUCUGAAUCACUGGAAAAUUCUGAGAUCACUGGAAAUAUUCAAGGUCACUGGAAUGUGAACCAUAACUUGGGGAAUGGAUCCACUGUGGACACUAUCCCUGGAUCCUGAUUGUUGCCAUUGUUGCCGUGUUAAAGCUCCUCUAAGUGCAGUUGUGAUUAGCAGUGUACUAGAGGAUAGUGUGGUUUUGAAGUUGAGUCCUUUUGCUGGACUGACAAGUCUCUGCUAUCCUACAGCCUGGAUUAUUGGACCAAGACUGCUGCCUCUUCCUGGUCCUCAUACUCACAGCAGUCCUUUUCCUGAUAAGUUGAUUAUUGGUUUCUUUUAUACGUCCUACAUUACUCUCCCCCUUUUUGGUUUUAAUCCCUCUGUCCUCUAAGCUCUUUGACUUCUCCAUCUCCCUUUAUCCUUUAAGCUCUUUCAAUUGCCCAUCUCUCCCUAUCCUCUAAGCUCUUUUUCUUCUCCAUCUCCCUCCAUCCUCUCAGCUCUCUUCUCCAUCUGCCCAUCCCCCAAUCUCUUUCCUAUCUUUUCUCUUGCCCUUGUUUUUUGUCUUGUUCAUCUCAAAAUCAGCCUGUAACUCCUUGGACCCCUUUCAAGAGACGUAUGUAUGUACAGUAUCUGCCAUAAGCAUGAGGAGUAUCCUCUCUGUGGAUGCCAUACUGCUGCCCAACUUUCCCUCUUCCUUUCAGCUCUUUCACUGCCAAAAUAAUUUUUCUGUUUUAAUUACAGAGCAUCUAGAUGUUUAGGAUAUCAUAGUGAGUGUCUUGCAUGAAUCAUAUGUGUGAUAGGAUAUGAUUGUGUGUGGACCAGAGUCUUGUGAUGUCUUUGAAUAACUUUGUUGGUUGCAGGAUACAGCAAAUAAUUUGUCAGUAGUGUACCACAGAUGCAUCCAGCUUUUUCCAUCUAUUUGUAGUUCAUAAACCCUCAUUACAGCCACCUGUGGGUUUCACGGUUUCAUGAUGACGUGGUGUUUUAGAUAGAGGGAGAGAAUGCUCCAAUAAUGUCAACAAUUAAACCUAUGCAGGAAUACUCCAGUUAAGAUUAACUAAUGUGAGCUGUAAAAAAGGAAAACUCAUAACAUAUGUAACAACUGAAAAUUCUAUACAUGUACCAAUACCAUGUUCACCAAAUUGGUGUUCUGGACAUCUGACAUCAGACAUUUUGUCUUUGCAUUCUUGCUGAAAUAUAUAUAUAUAUAUAUAUAUA